CUUCAUAUACACGUAUACACAGUUAAGCGUACUCGAGAAAAAGAUUGUUACAAAGUGGUAUAAACUUUUUAUAUUUUCUUUUGUAGAAUGACAAAAUUAUAAUCAAUCAUUGUAAAAAUAGAUUGUGUCGACCAAAUAAAAGUUUUCAGAUGAAAUAAACGUAGUAAAAAUUAGGCAAAUUGAGAUUAUUUAUUUGUUUGUUUAUUUGUUUUUUUUUUCUUUUUCUUAUAAAUUUUCCGAUCAUUUACGUGCGGAGUGAAAUGAAAAGUGUGUUAUCGAAUAAUCCAAAAUUAUUAAGGAUUGUAAAGAUAUUAGAAGGCUAACAAAUCUUCAACGGUUUAUUCUCUAAAUGAAUAUUCUUCAAAGGACAAUGAGCUUUCCGGAGAAACAGGAUGGUAUAUCUAAAGACGAGUGGGUCGCUAAACUUGAAGAAGGAUCGCAUAUGCAGAGAGUCUCUAUGAAUAAUUUGAUAAUGAAUUAUCUUGUAACUGAAGGGUUUAAAGAAGCAGCUGAAAAAUUUCAACAAGAAUCUGGAGUUGGUCCGACAAUAGAAUUGAGUUCAUUGGAUGAUAGAAUUCGUAUUAGAGAUGCUAUACAAAAUGGUCGUAUUCAAGAAGCUACGGAUUUGGUCAAUCAAUUGCAUCCUGAAUUAUUGGACAAUGAUAGAUAUCUUUAUUUUCAUCUGCAACAAUUACAUCUCAUCGAAUUAAUUCGUACUGGGAGAAUCGAAGAGGCAUUACAGUUUGCUCAAGAUCAACUUAGCGAAGCUGGAGAGUCAGAUGAUAAUAUAUUGUGCGAAUUGGAACGUACGUUGGCUUUGUUGGCUUUUGAUGAACCACAUAAAAGUCCUUUCAGCGAUCUUCUUCAUCCUACUCAUCGACAAAAGAUUGCCAGUGAACUAAAUGCUGCUAUAUUGAAAAUGGAACAUAGAGAAUCUACCAGUCCAAGAUUAAAUAAUCUAUUAAAAAUGAUUUUAUGGGCGCAAGAUGAGCUGGAUAAGAAAAAAGUAAAAUAUCCUAAAAUGACUGACUUGGGUAGUGCAACUAUUGAAAGUCCAAAAUAA